AUGUUGAAGGUAGCACUUAUCCUGGCCGGUGUACUCGUGUCGCUGGCAGAGCCCAGUUCGGUGAGCCUGAGUCGAGUGCACUGCGAUAAGAAUCCCAAGUUCUUCAGUACGCUGAACGUCACGGCAGUGAACAGUACGAUCACGGCGGAUAUAGAGUUGCUCCAGGCCCUCAAGGCGGGCUUCCGCGGCCACGUGGAUGUCCAGCUGCGCCUCAGCAACGCCAAGAACUUCCAGAGCCUGGUCCAGAGCGACACCGACUACUGCGAGCUGCUCUCGACCCUGAAGGAUUCGCUUUUCCGCCGCUGGGUGAAGAGCGUCACCAAAAACAGCAACUUCAUGGAGAACUGCCCGGUUCCGGCGGGUCACUACUACCUCAAGGCGUGGCACGUCGACAUGGGUCUGGUGCCUUCCUAUCUGCUGAGUGGCGACUACCGCCUGAGGGCCUUCGUUUACUACGGGAAGUAUCGCACCAAGAAGCAGCUGUUCCUUGUCCAGUGCAUUGUGGAGGCAUCAAUGCAUAACAAAUAG